AUGAACGACAACACUCCUGACCAAUAUUCCAAUGAAUCAAAGGAUGCGGCUGUGGUCGAUGGACAAGUUGCCUCACCAGACCAUCGUGGGUUGUCCAGGGAGCCGGGAUCAGAUCGAUUUAGUGACGAGAAAUCAAAAAAUCAUGGCGGGUACCCUACAGCCAAAAAUGACCGGCAAAAACCCCCCAACCCGGCCAAUCCAGACAUUUCGACAUCGGACGAAUCUCUAGGCGUGGAAAGACUCCACCACAAUCUUCGUGAGAUGUCACAGUUGCUCCAGAGCCAAAACCUUCCAGAGAUGUCGUCUCGCUCGUCUAUUAUGUUCGCCAACUUGUGCGCCCGACAGGCAAGGACGGGGACAUAUGCUCAACCUACUCUUGGCAGCAUUUUCCGAACCCCGGUCACCCUCGCAACGUCUCUCCUAUCACGGCAGCGAAAGCCGGAGAGGAUCAUCCUUCAAGACGUUAGCGGCGUGGUGAGGGAAGGUGAAAUGUUGUUGGUCCUGGGCCGCCCUAACAACGUCGUUAGUACAUUUCUGAAAAUCUUGGGGGGACAAAUAAAAGGCAGUCUACGUGUAAAUGGGGAAAUCAAGUACAAUGGAGUGGAUAUCAACACCUUCAUGGCUCGUUUCCGAGGAGAUUCGGUGUAUACACCCGAUGUCGACGUUCACUUUCCUCAUUUGCUUGUUAGCAAUACAUUGGACUUUGCGUCCGAGACCAAGACGCCUCGGGCCAAUCUGGAGGGCCGGGCCCGUUCCCAAUUGAUGCGGUCCAUGACAAACAUUUACACCAAUCUCCUCGGGCUUCAACAUACUCUCGACACCAAGGUCGGUGACGAGUACGUCCAUGGAAUCAGUGGUGGGGAGCGAAAGCGAGUUUCUCUGGCUGAAGCGCUCGCUACACGAUCGUCGGUUACCAUUUGGGACAAUCCUACACACGGCCUUGAUUCGUCGACGUCUCUCGAAUUCAUUCGUGUUAUCCGGGCUAUGACGAGAAUAUCCCACAAGACCAUGAUUGUGGCCCUGUAUCAAGCGGGCGAAAAUCUCAUCAAGGAGUUCGACAAAGUGACCUUGCUCUAUUGUGGCAGUCAAAUCUUCUUCGGGACCGUCACAGACGCCAAACGAUACUUUGAAGACAUGGGGUUUGUAUGUCAUCCGCAGCAAACGACCGCGGAUUUCUUGACUGCAAUCACCGAUCCCACGGCGAGACGGGCAAGAGAUGGUUGGGAAUUGAGAGUUCCCAGAUCUCCAGAUGACUUUGUGAGGCUUUGGAAAGAGAGUUCCCACUACCGCCAACUGCAGAAAGAUUUGCAAACAUACACCGAAGAUCUCAGCGAUGAAAAUGUCGAACUCGAGAAAUAUGAAGCUUACCAUUCCAUAACAAAGUCCAAACACCAGAGACAGAGAAGCAUAUACGCCACCGACAUUCCCACUCAGUUCUCUGCCAACCUCCAACGGGCAUUUUUCCGAUUCAUUGGUGAUAAAGCCUUCCUCGGAGCCAUGGUUUUCUCGGCAAUAUACAUGUCUCUGAUCAUGGGGAGCCUGUUCUUCGAUACAUCCAAUUCGACAAACGGUUUCUUCUCCAAGGGAGGUGCUCUGUUCUUCGCCAUUCUCUUCAACGCCCUGCAGACCUUAGCAGAGAUUGGCACUCUGUACGGACAGCGACCCAUUAUCAACCGUCAAAAGGCGUACGCCAUGUACCAUCCAUUUGUCGACGCGUUGGCCUCUCUCCUGGUGGAAUGGCCGUACAAGAUCGUCAGUGUCAGCGCCUUCGACAUCGUGGUCUAUUUCAUGGUUGGCUUGAAGCGAGACGCCGGAGCAUUUUUUAUCCUGUGGCUCACCACAUACCUAGGCACUCUGACCAUGAGCGCCUAUUUUCGAUCCAUUGCGGCCGUCACAAAGGCUCCAGAAUCUGCAAUCGGCGUGGCUGGAGUUUCGGUGUUGGUAUUCGCCAUUUACACAGGGUACUUGAUUCCGAAGCCGAGCAUGCAUCCGUGGUUCAAAUGGAUCACAUACAUCAAUCCACUCGCGUAUGCCUUCGAAAUACUUAUCGCCAACGAGUUUCACGACACGUGGGCACCUUGUGCGAGUCUGGUACCAUCAGGCCCGGGCUACCAGAAUGUAUCGCCCGAGAAUCAGGUCUGUGCGGUAACAGGAUCAAGACCUGGACAAGCGCACGUAAGCGGCGAUGACUACAUUGAAACAUCAUUCGAUUAUCAUUACUCCCACGUAUGGAGAAAUAUUGGGAUUCUGGGCGCCUUCCUGUGCGGACUCAUUGCGAUAUUUGCCCUUGCCACCGAGUUCAUAUCCUCGUCGUCGCAUCACAGCGAAGAGCGACUGUAUUAUCGAAGGGGACACGAACCAGCACAGCCAGAGAGAAUGACUCCGGAUGAGGAGAUGAUUGAUGGCUACAAAGAACAAAGGACGCAAACUGCCCUGACAGAAACAAAUACCAAUACCUCGGAAAUAAAAGACUUCGUUAAGAGCAGAAACGUUUUCUCAUGGGAAGAUAUAACGUACGACAUCACCCUGCCCGAUGGCUCUUCUCGAAGAUUACUCGACAAAAUGACGGGCUACGUCAAGCCUGGCACUCUCACAGCUUUGAUGGGAGAGUCUGGCGCCGGUAAAACAACGUUACUUAGAGUUCUUGCUGAGAGAGUCAACACUGGCGUCGUCGGCGGACAAUGUCUGGUCAAUGGCUCACCGCCGGGUCGGUCGUUUCGACGUAUGACUGGAUACGUGCAACAGCAGGAUGUUCACCUCUCAUCCGCCACUGUCCGAGAAGCGCUGCAGUUCUCAGCCAAGUUACGCCAACCAAGGGAGGUUUCUCUUGCCGAAAAACUUGACUACGUGGAAAAGGUCAUUGAGAUGCUCGAGAUGCAAGAUUUCGCCGAAGCCAUUAUCGGCACUCCCGGAAAUGGAUUGAAUAUUGAACAGAGAAAGCGAACCACCAUCGCAGUCGAGCUCGUGGCCAAGCCUGAAAUAUUGCUCUUCUUAGACGAACCGACAAGCGGUCUUGAUUCCUUGUCGGCCUGGUCCAUUGUUCGUUUACUGAGGAAGCUGGCAGAUUCUGGACAAGGCAUCCUCUGCACGAUUCAUCAACCUUCGUCUAUCGUCUUUGAGCAAUUCGAUCGACUGCUCCUGCUUGCCAGAGGGGGGAAGCCCGUCUAUUUCGGUGAGAUCGGUCGACACGCCCAGACUGUCAUCAGAUACUUUGAAUGGAAUGGCGGCACCCCUUGUCCUCCCGAGAGCAAUCCUGCAGAAUACAUUCUCGAUGUCACCGGGGCGGGUGUCAAUACCGGUUCCGAGCCUAAAUGGGAUGAGAUAUGGAUGAAGAGCGAAGAACACCGCCAGGUGCUUCAAGAUAUCGAGACACUGCAAAACAAGUAUGCCACGGAUCAAGAAGCAGUUCAAGCUCGAAAUGGAGUUUUCGACGGUGGCUUUGCAGAGUCGUGGUGGACCCAGUAUCGCGCUGUACAAUCGAGGCUCUAUCUGCAUUUCUGGAGAACACCUCAAUAUGUCAUUAGCAAGAUCAUGGUCAACGUGUUGACUGGCUUGUUUCUCGGAUUUACCUUUUACAAGGAAGACAACUCAGUACAAGGACUUCAGAACAAGUUAUUUGCGGCCUUCACAUCGUGCAUUAUCGCUAUGCCCCUGAUGCACCAGCUGCAGCCCCAAUUUUUUAGUCUAGCCAGUCUCUUCACGGCUCGAGAAAGGCCUUCGAACAUGUACCACUGGAGCACUUUCGUUCUGUCCAGUCUCAUCAGUGAGGUCUCCUUCAAUCUGCUGACGGGCACAUUGUUCUUCUUCCCCUGGUACUUCGGGAUCGGGUUCUCUCGCGAUUGGCCGGGCUCAGACACAGCGUCAAGGGGCGUCUACAUAUGGCUCCAAGUCAUGGCUUUUGAAAUGUGGUUCUCGACCUUUGCAAUCGCCAUCGGCUCUUUGGCACCCAAUGCUCAGACUGCUUCGGCCCUCGCCACGCUUUUCGCCUCCUUUGUCGUCGCCUUCAAUGGGGUCCUCCAGCCUCUAAGCCAGCUACCGGAGUUUUGGCAUUUCAUGUACCAUCUGACACCUUACACUUACCUUCUCGGUGGCGUGGUGUCGACCACCCUUCACGGCGUCCGCAUCGUCUGCGAGCCCAAGGAAAUCAACAUCUUUCAACCUCCCACUGGACAAACAUGCGGGGAGUAUGCUGGUGCAUUUGCCCACGUGAGUGGUCAGUUGUUUAAUCCGGAUUCGACUUCGGAUUGCGAAUACUGUCGCUACGCGACUGGAGAUCAGUACCUCGAGACACGCAACAUGUAUUACAGCGAGCAUUGGAGAAACCUGGGCAUCAUGCUCGCGUACGUUGUCUUCAACGCCGGCAUUGCCUUCAUCAUCUUCUACCUUGCCAAAGUGGCAACAUUCCAUGUUCGAAGAUCGAUACUGUCGCUGAUGAAAAAUAAGAAGAAUAGCCCGACCGAGACCACGGCGAGCUUAAAGGCAUGA